ACGUACUGAGGAGCAAACCGCUGAUCCAGGACCAGUUUGAAGGGACGAAAUGGGGCUGUGGACAACGCUGCUCCUGGCCUCACAUCUGCUCUUGAAACUGUGCUCAGAAGUGGGAGCCCAAGCUUCGGUGUAUGAUCUGCUCACCUCUCCCGAUUGCCUGCCAGACCUGCUGCAGGGGGGUCUGGCCGAGCAAGGGGUGAAUGAGGCUUUUAUCCUCACCACCUUCAAACUCCAGCCCAAGACUGGGACCACCGUGUUUGGUCUGUACAAUCCCAGGGACAACAGCAAAUACUUUGAGUUCACCGUGUUGGGGAAGCUCAACAGAGCCGUGUUGCGAUAUUUGCGAAGUGACAGGAGGAUGAGCUCAAUAACCUUCAACAACCUGGUGUUGGCGGAUGGCCAACGCCACCGGCUGUUGUUCCACCUGCGGGGGCUGCAGCAGCAGGGGCCCGGCGGGGUGGAAAUCCACCUGGACUGCAGACUGGUGGAAACGGUCAGGGAUCUCCCUGCCGUCUUUCAGGGUCUACCAGCAGGCUAUGGAGUGGUGGAGCUGAAGGUCAUGCAAGCCAAGGAGCCGGACAGUUUGGAGGAGCUCAAACUGGUGGUCGGGGACUCGUUUGAGAACAUUGCCUCAUUACAAGACUGCCACUUUCAACAAAGAGACUCCGUACAAACUCUGGGGGUCAACACAAAGCAGCUGUCUAAUCAAAUGCUUGAGUUAACCAAGGUGAUAAACGAGCUGAAAGACGUCCUCAUUCAGCAGGUUAAAGAGACUUCAUUUCUCAGAAACACCAUCUCAGAGUGCCAGGCCUGUGGACUUGGAGGUUCUGAGGUUGAGAAGCCGAAGUGUGCCCCAGGAGUCUGUUUCCGCGAGGAUAUGUGUAUUGAGACAGAGGAAGGUGUUGAAUGUGGACCCUGCCCCGAUGGAUACACUGGGGAUGGUUUUAGCUGUGAUGAUGUGGAUGAGUGUCAGUUUAGCCCCUGCUUUCCCGGGGUGAAGUGUGUCAAUACUGCCCCAGGGUUUCGCUGUGAUGCCUGUCCACUAGGCUACACUGGCUUUCCAAUCGAGGGUGUGGGAGUGCUGUUCGCUCAGACCAAUAAACAGGUGUGUGAUGACGUAGAUGAAUGUAAAGGACCCAACAAUGGAGGCUGUACUGACAACUCUCUCUGUCACAACUCUAUGGGCUCCUACCAUUGUGGGGCCUGUAAGACAGGCUUCACGGGGGAUCAGGUGAAGGGCUGCAAGCCAGAGAUCAGCUGUGGCAGCAGUUUAACCAACCCCUGCGACGUCAACGCCCAGUGUAGCUUAGAGAGAGACGGCUCCAUCUCUUGUCAGUGUGGAAUCGGCUGGGCCGGUAAUGGCUACCUGUGUGGGAAGGACACAGAUAUUGACGGAUACCCUGAUGAGAAACUCAAGUGCAAGGAUGGGACCUGUAAAAAGGAUAACUGUAUCUACGUUCCCAACUCUGGCCAAGAGGAUGCCGACAAGGACGGCCAAGGCGAUGCCUGUGACGAUGAUGCGGACGGUGACGGUAUUCUGAAUGAGCAGGACAACUGCUGGCUUAAGCCCAAUGUGGACCAGAGGAACAGUGACAAGGACGGUCAUGGUGACGCGUGCGAUAAUUGUCGCGCAGUGGACAACCCUGACCAGAGGGACACUGAUGGUGACGGCAAAGGGGACGCCUGCGAUGACGACAUGGACGGAGAUGGUCUGAAGAACUUCCUGGACAACUGCCAACGUGUCCAGAACAGAGACCAGCUGGACCAGGAUGGAGACGGAGUGGGAGAUGCCUGUGAUAGCUGCCCUGAUAUCCCAAACCCAAACCAGUCUGACGUCGAUAAUGAUCUGGUCGGAGAUUCCUGUGACACCAAUCAAGACAGUGAUGGUGAUGGUCAUCAGGACACCAAGGAUAACUGCCCCCUGGUGAUAAACAGCUCCCAGCUAGACACUGACAAAGAUGGCCUGGGUGACGAGUGUGACGACGACGAUGACAACGAUGGGAUCCCUGACAUUCUUCCACCAGGACCAGACAACUGCAGACUGGUACCAAACCCUGACCAGAUUGAUGAUAACAAUGAUGGAGUUGGAGACGUGUGUGAGUCUGACUUUGAUCAGGACAAGGUGAUCGACAGAAUUGACAACUGCCCCGAGAAUGCCGAGGUCACGCUUACAGACUUCAGAGCCUACCAGACAGUGGUGCUCGACCCUGAAGGAGAUGCACAGAUUGACCCCAACUGGGUGGUUUUGAACCAGGGGAUGGAAAUCGUUCAGACCAUGAACAGCGACCCAGGACUUGCUGUUGGUUACACUGCUUUCAGCGGCGUGGACUUUGAGGGGACAUUUCACGUGAACACAGUGACUGAUGAUGACUACGCCGGCUUCAUCUUCGGCUACCAGGACUCGUCCUCGUUCUAUGUGGUGAUGUGGAAGCAAACUGAACAGACCUACUGGCAGGCGACACCCUUCAGAGCUGUGGCCGAGCCCGGCAUCCAGCUUAAGGCUGUAAAGUCAAGGUCCGGUCCAGGAGAGCACCUGAGAAACUCCCUGUGGCACACGGGAGACACGAAUGACCAGGUCCGUCUGCUAUGGAAGGAUCCAAGAAACGUGGGCUGGAAGGACAAGGUGUCUUAUCGUUGGUACCUUCAGCACCGUCCUCAGGUUGGGUAUAUCAGGGCUCGAUUUUAUGAGGGAACUCAGUUGGUGGCGGAUUCCGGUGUAACCAUUGACACAACCAUGAGAGGGGGACGACUGGGGGUGUUCUGCUUCUCUCAGGAGAACAUCAUCUGGUCCAAUCUAAAAUACCGCUGCAAUGAUACCAUCCCAGAAGACUUCCAGGAGUUCAGCACUCAGCACGGCGUGGACUCCUUCUAGUCUCACGAAAAAUAUGGGGACAGACUGAAAAGGAGGACUUCGGUGUGCGUGCGUGCGUGUGUGUGUGUGUGUGUG